UGAGUGAAUGAGUGCAGCGGCGUUGUGGUGUUGAGCUCCGACCGACGAUCGCGCUACUUGGGCGUGGAGCCUCAGUGGGAUCUGUUCAGAAUGUUGUCGUCGUCGUAGCUCAGGCGUAGAACGGUCUGAUAAUGAUGAUGAUGACGAUGAUGCGGAGUUUGUAGAGCCCAUAGAGAAGCAGUUUCGUCUCUCGUGGGGUGUAAUGUGUGUGUGUGUGAGUGAGUGAGUGUUUUACAAAUGGAAAGUGGGUUUGCAGAGUGGUGAAUGUGUGUUCGUGGGGGAGGGGGGCUUUGUUCUCACGGAGGGUGUGUGUGUGUGUGUGCUUGCACUUGCCGGCAAUCUAACCGUGUAGCGUGUGAGAUCGGGUGUCGCGUCCGAGAAGUAUGGGGGGAGAAACGCUCUCGUUUUAGUGGGUUUUCUUUUUACAAUAGUUUCGUUGGUUUCUUAAGAUUAGGUGGUUGUGUGAUGAGCAAGUUUCGUGCGAGAAUUUAGUCGUUGCCGCGAAGAUAGUUUCGCAGCAGCUCUUUGGCAAAGGUGAGGCUCAUGACAUGUCGGUUGGUCUUAUGAGGUUUUGUCAGUGACGUAGAUGGAGGUGUAGCUUGUUGGCGGCUUGGUGUAGUGGAACAGAGUGGGGAUUAGAGCUUGGGUUGUGAUGGUUUUUGGUGUGAGUGUGUUCGUGUGUGUGUGUGUGUGUGUUUUUUUGCAUUUGUUGUAGUACCCAUGUUACGUUCUCUGAGGUUUAGUAGUAGCAACGUACAGGACUCCUGCUUCCGCUCCAGGUUGCUGGCCCGCACGUUCGUCUUGGAGCGUGAGAUUCUCGGGAACAGAAUUGUAAGACUUCUGUGUGCUUAUCCGUGUGGUUUAUUUUGGCGGUUAGCUACCUAUUAUGCUCAAUCAGGGCUCGUCUUGCCGUUAUUUGUACGAGAUGGUAGAUGUCGACUAGACAACGCGUGCGUCACCAUCUGUUUUCUGUGAAGCUCGAAUUUUUCCUAGGUUGAAGUGCCGCGAAGUCUCUUUUAAAAGGUGGCCCCUACUUGGCACUCGUAAUGUCGAGAUCCAGCUUCGAGAGAGGAGGUGGUGUCAGUAGAGCGGAUAAAUUCCUGGGGUACUCGUCAGCGUAUAAUACCUCCACACACGACCCAGAUGAUGUGAGCGAAUUGCAUGAAGAAGACGUUUGGGAUUUCGGAGCUGAUGGAUCACGCAGUAACAAUCCUACGCUGGAUGGGAAUUCCAGUAAUAGCAGACCAGACAGCUCUGACACUUAUCGGUUCCUGAAUACUGGAAUGAGGUGGGUAGGGCUUGAUCAGGAACCAGGUUUGUCUGCAGCUUUCGCAGACCAUGGCAGCAGGGCGUACGGUCGUUCCCCACACAAGCUUGUUGGAGGUUUUGCUAACUAUGCCGGUCAAAGCUCCAGCCGUGAGGCCAGAGGGAUUGCAACCCCUUUAAGAAUGAUUCCUGCUAUUGCUCAAAUCCGUGAGGAUAGUCCAAGGCAAAUGAUGCAUCAGUCAGCUCCAGUAAAUGUCCCUGACUGGUCGAAAAUUUUGGGAGCUGAGAAAAAGCACAAGUGGGCCGAUGAAGAUGUGGAUAGUGACAAGGAGGAUGAGCAGGAAGAGAGGCUGCCCCCUCACUUGCACAUCCAACGAGAAUAUGCUCAAAGCCAGAUGACGACCUUUUCUGUGUGUGAAGGUGCUGGGCGUACUCUGAAAGGAAGGGACUUGAGUCGAGUGCGUAAUGCAGUGCUCAGGCAGACUGGCUUCCUUGAUUGAAAAUUCGAUCCGGGACUUCUGAUUUUUCCUGGUUCAUGGAGGCAGAGUAUGCUGGUUUUCUUGUAAGUGGAGAUCACUACUCGUAACCAUUUCCAUUAGCAGCGCCAAGUGAAUUGCCGUGACCCAGCUCAAGCUGGAAAAAGGCCCCGGCUGGAGGAAACUGUUGAUGUCCCUUUUUUUUCUUUUUUGUGUUCACUUGGGUUGUAUUGUACCUCUGGUUCAAGGCUUUGAAACUGCCUUACGCAUGCACCAGAUUGGUUGGAGUGAGCUCCCAUUACUAUUAGGAGCUGAUAUGUACAUUGACAUCCUAAACGUGCGAGACUUAAUGUGGCAUGUCUACUGCCACUAUGCCUGAAUCUGCAUCAGUGAAGCAAAAUGCCGAGCAUUUUCGUCAUCUUUUUCACCAUCUAAUAUUGAUUUGGAGGCGCGCAAUGUAUUUGCUUGGGUGAGGUAUGGGUACCUCGAACAGGGAAUCGAUUACUAUUUUCAUGCGUUUAAUUGUUCAAAUUUUUGGGACCGUAUCCAGGUUUAGGAGGCGCGUAAUACAAGAAAGCCUAAUGUAUAGGUAGCAAGGUUUUAGAGUAAACACAUUUAUCUCGGCUGGAUGUGCUCAUUUUUGUUGUGAAGUGUGAUGUCUUUUUAAUUUUAAUUUUUUUUCAUUUGGGAUAUUGUACGCAAGUCCAUUAAAGUGACAUGCAAUCACAAGGUUAUAAUAUUUUUUUGAAAGAUUUGUUUUCA